AUGCGACACUGCGCGCGCUACGUGUCGUCGUGGCAGAGACGGGUGGAUGCAGAAGGAAAAGGGGGGCGGGAGGAGGCGGAGCGAGAGGGGGUGGUGGAUGGGGGGACUCGGGCGAGAGUGAUGGUCUCUGCAAUUCAAACGGGUAAAGCCAGGCCGGCUUGCAGCGACGAGGCCGAUACGAGCGGCGCUUUUUUGGUAUCGAAGGUAUGA